AUGGAGAAACCUCAUGCGUCCGAUAUUAGCUGGGUAAUGCUUUUUAAUGGAUACCAUGAAUCUAAUUACGAAUUGCAAGAUAAAUUAUUUUGGUUAUAUAACGUAGAUUUAAAUACCGAUAUUCCGAACCGCGAAUUUCCAGAGUCUCCUCGACAAAAUAUGUCCCAAACGGAAGUCAAAUGUAACCAGAUUAAUGAUAAGUCUGAAUCAAUUGAUAUUUUCAAGCGUGAAAUUGAGGAAGUUGAUAAAACACAUCGUAAAGCUAAAAGAAAGGUAAAGCUUUCUAUUUUUAAGAGAAAUAAGUUUCUUUGUCAACAUCCUGGCUGUUUGAAAAAUUUUCGGGAUAAUCAUCAAUUAAAAAUUCAUGAAAGAAAACACACUGGUGAAAAACCGCAUAUUUGUGAUUAUCUGGGAUGCGGCAGAGGAUUUUCUCAAAAAAAUAAUUUAAUAGUACAUCGAAAAGGACAUGAAGGCAAAAAACCUUACGAAUGCAAAGAGUGUGGAAAAAAGUUUGCGCAAAGAAUUCAUUUGAAUGAACAUGGGAAAAAACAUAACGGAAAAAGGCCCUUUUAUUGCAAAAUUUGUGAUCAAAAGUUCAAACAAAAAAUUCAUUUGAAGAAACAUUUGACGACCAGAAAACAUUUACGGGCAAAUAGGACAUUUGAAGGUUCAUUAGAGAUCACGGUUAAUGAUAUUUGA